ACCUCCAGGCAGCACAAAAAGCUAAGCCUGAGUACAAGGCAAUUCCUGGUCUGGGACUGGGCAGAAAUGUAUGCAAAGGGUCUCAGCAGGGCCCUGGGUGCCUCCCCCUGCCAUGCCUGGAGGAGAGCUCACUUGGACACCAGGGGACACCUGAAGCCCGAGUAUGACGCAGUGGUCAUAGGAGCAGGACACAACGGGCUGGUGGCUGCAGCGUACCUGCAGAGGCUGGGGGUGAACACUGCGGUAUUUGAGAGACGCCAUGUGAUCGGGGGUGCAGCAGUCACUGAGGAGAUCAUUCCAGGGUUUAAGUUCUCCCGGGCAUCCUACCUCCUCAGUCUGCUGAGGCCACAGAUCUACAAGGACCUGGAGCUGAAGAAACAUGGACUCAGGCUUCAUCUUCGGAAUCCCUACUCCUUCACCCCCAUGCUGGAAGAGGGGAGCAAGGCCCCCAGGUCCCUUCUGCUGGGCACAGACAUGGUAGAAAACCAGAAGCAGAUCGCCCAGUUCUCCCAGAAGGAUGCCCAGGCCUUUCCCAAAUAUGAGGCAUUUAUGAACCGCCUGGCACUUGCCAUUGACCCUCUGCUGGAUGCAGCCCCCCUUGAUGUGGAGGCACUCCGGCGGGGCUCUCUGCUACAAAGGUUCAAGUCGUUGUCCACACUCACACCCCUGCUGCGGGCAGGUCACAUCCUGGGAGCGCAGCUGCCCCAGUAUUACCAGGUCCUCACUGCUCCAAUUACCAAGGUGCUGGAUCAGUGGUUUGAGUCUGAGCCUCUAAAAGCCACUCUAGCAACAGAUGCUGUGAUUGGAGCUAUGAUGAGUCCCCACACUCCAGGGAGUGGGUACGUGCUGCUCCACCACGUGAUGGGGGGCCUGGAGGGGCUUCCAGGGGCCUGGGGCUAUGUCGAGGGGGGCAUGGGCGCCCUCUCUGAUGCCAUUGCAAGCUCAGCCACAGAGCAUGGAGCAAGUAUCUUCACAGAAAAACCAGUAUCCAAGGUGCAGGUGAGCAGUGGAGGGCAUGUCCAAGGGGUUGUACUGCAGGAUGGCACGGAGGUGAGGAGCAGAGUGGUGUUAUCCAGCGCAUCCCCGCAGAUCACCUUCUUGAAACUGACGCCACAGGAGUGGCUUCCUGAGGGUUUUGCAGAGAAAAUCUCCCAGAUGGACACCCAGUCACCUGUCACCAAGAUCAAUGUGGCUGUGGACCGGCUGCCUGACUUCCGGGUGGCCCCCAAUGCUUCCAGUGGCCAGCCGCUGCCCCAUCACCAGUGCUCCAUCCACCUGAACUGUGAAGACACCCUCCUCCUCCAUCAGGCCUUUGAAGACGCCAUGAGCAGCCUGCCCUCCCGCAAGCCAAUGAUUGAGCUCUGCAUCCCCUCCUCUCUGGACCCCACCCUCGCUCCUCCUGGCUGCCACGUCAUCUCCCUCUUCACUCAGUACACUCCCUACAUGCUGGCUGGAGGCAAGGUCUGGGAUGAGCAGGAGCGAAAUGCUUAUGCAGACAAAGUGUUUGACUGUAUCGAGGCCUAUGCCCCUGGCUUCAAGGGCUCUGUGGUGGGCAGAGACAUCCUCACACCUCCUGAUUUGGAGAGAAUCUUUGGGCUUCCUGGAGGGAACAUAUUCCACAGUGCCAUGACCCUGAGCCAGCUGUACUUCGCCCGCCCCCUGCCUCUGCACUCCAGCUACCGCUGCCCUCCCCAGGGCCUGUAUCUCUGUGGAAGUGGGGCCCAUCCAGGAGGAGGUGUGAUGGGAGCUGCUGGACGUAAUGCAGCCUACAUGGUCUUGAGGGACCUCAAGAGCCAGUGACCCUGAGCCAAGUCUGUCCCAGGAAGAAGAACCCUCGCUAGAGCUUUGAAGUCCCCAUUAGAGCAGCCUAAUGUGGCUUGAGGCAGGCAAGUCCUGAAGACUGCAGUCUUCAUUUCAGAAGAUUCAAACAGAUUACAUUAAGGAAAAGUUAACCUUGUACUCAUGGCAUCAGGGGUCAAGGGGUUUUGUUUUGUUAAAAAACAAAAAGACAAAGAGAAACAAUGAAGGGGGCUCAGGCGGUGGCACACUGGUUAAGUACACAAAUCACCAUGUGCAAGGACCCUAUUCAAGCCCCCAGCCCCCCACCUGCAGCAGAGAAGUAAGUACUACAGGUAUCUAUCUCAUUCAGUCUCUUCUCUAUCAAUUUUUCUCUGUCCUAUCAAAUGAAUGAAUGAAUGAAUAAAUAAAUGGGGAAAAA